AGAAAAAUGAUUGAGGUUGAGUGAGAUUUAAGUUAACGUAUUAAUGUCCAGUCCAAUGGUUGUUGUUGUAGAGCCCUUUUACGGGGGCUCACAUAAACAGUUGCUGGAUCUUAUAACCAUGGAGACUGGUGACCACGCCCUCUUCACGAUGCCCUCCAAGAAGUGGCACUGGAGAGCGAGGACAUCAGCAUUACACUUUAGCCAGGUGAUUCCAUCUAAUUCCAAUUACAGAGUACUGUUUUGUAGCUCUGUGCUUAAUCUAGCUGAGUUAGUGGCAUUGCGUCCAGACUUGGGGCAUUUGAAGAAGAUCCUCUACUUUCAUGAAAAUCAGUUAGUCUAUCCAGUCCGCAAACAACAGGACAGAGACUUUCAGUAUGGAUAUAAUCAGAUUCUAUCUAGUUUGGUAGCUGAUGUUGUUGUAUUCAACUCCCAGUACAAUCGCGACUCCUUCCUCGGCUCUAUCAAGACUUUUCUAAACAUCAUACCUGACCAGAAGUCCUUACAACUAGAAGAACAGAUACGACCCAAGUCGUUAGUUUUAUACUUUCCUCUUAAUUUAUCUCACAUCGCAAAAGAAGGCUCUCUUUCUGAACUUGUUAAUGAUGAUUUGGAUGUGGAUGGUAAAAAUGGUGAAAAAGUCACUUCGCAGAAAACGUGUAUCAGUAUGUCAGAUUGUGAGCCAACAACAACAACAUAUGGUUGCCAUGGUGAUAAAAUGACUAUUACCAAAGGAUUCCAUGACAACCAGUGCAGCAACAAUUCUGCGAUAUCAGAAUCAGUGACUUGUGAUGUUUAUCAUGAGAAUUUAGACAGAAAAAAAAAGAAAGCUGCAAAUUUUCAGGCAAAAUCAUGUGGAAAUCAAACGAAAUCUGUGGAAGACGGUAUCGGUGUACAGAAACCUUUGCACAUUGUGUGGUCUCAUAGAUGGGAACACGACAAAGAUCCCCAGACAUUUUUCCAGGUCUUGUACAAACUUUCAUCAGAGGGGUUAAGUUUUACCUUGUCUGUGAUGGGAGAACAGUUCUUAGAUGUUCCAGAUGUUUUUCAAGAGGCCAAAGAGAAACUGUCCAAUCACAUAUCCGCAUGGGGUUACCAGGGCAACAAGGGAGACUACUACAGGGUUCUCCUAAAGGCAGAUGUUGCUGUAUCAACCGCUCUACAUGAGUUCUUUGGUGUAGCUAUGUUAGAAGCUGUCCAUCUGGGGUGUUACCCUCUGUGCCCAAACAGAUUGGUGUACCCCGAAAUAUUCCCAAAGGAAUGUCUGUACAACACCAGCCAGCAGCUGUACAAGAGACUGAGAGAGUUGUGUAGACGCCCACACUUAGCCCGAUCAAGUCCCGUGAAAAAUGCCUUAGACUUGGAUAGGUUCUCCUGGGAAACACUUGGCCCAAAGUACAAACAUCUCCUAGAUGUUGACGGCACGACAGAUGUCACGUGACUGGUGAACGUACUUUGACUGGUACAUUGUGACGUAUCACGGAUUUUCAUGGAUGGCAAUGAUCCGUGUAUUUCAAGUGUAACUACAUAGAGGGUGCUUAAACCUCUUUCUGUGCAGCACCAGAACAGUGGCGUGUCCCACAUAUUAAGUGGUCGAGAUAUUUUACUGAAAACGUGGUUGUGCCAGCAGCCAGCGAAUGGUUUUCCCCGGGUUUUUUUCCCUCCAUAAUGCUGUCCGCCGUCGUAUAAUUGCAAUACCGUUGAGUACCGCGUAAAACAACAAUCAAACAAACAAAACCAGUAAGGCGCCGAAGUAGUAUAUUAACAACAAAAGGCCAAAGAAGGUUAACUGAUGUGGUCGCAAUGAUCGUGGGUUUCCCCAGGACUUAUGGUUUCCUCCCACCAU